AAUUUGCAUCUGUGUGAGAUCUUAUCGAGGGCGGGUACAUAAGUUGGACACAAGUCGGUGUCAGUCGUGUCCUGAGUCUCCGAGCAGCAUGAGGCGUCUUCUGCUACAUCUGGUGACAGCAGUCAUGGCAACAGCAGCUUGGCCAACAGACGUGGUUCAGUUGCUGGAUCGGAUUGGACGCGUAUAUAAAGUGGAGGCAAUCAGCAUAAUGCACAGCGCUGGAGCCACAAAUCCAGGCUUUCAAGAUGCACUGCAUCGUGCAUUGUCUGUAAAUGACAGCAACUACUUUCGUUGGCUUCCUAAAAUCACAUCCACGGAACAGCAAGCUGGACCCUUUAGCACAUUCACUGAUGAGGCAACGCUCUUUGUGAUCUUUGCACGACAUUCAAGGGAUCCCGUGAUCAAGAUGCAGACGGAAAGGGCACGUGGACGUCGCUUUUGUCUCAGCUUGUUUGUGUUGGAAGGUGACGAGUCACGUUCAAGUCUGAGGUCCUUUUUUGAGUACUUGUGGCUGAAAGGAUUUCGUGCUGCUUUGGUCAUGGUGGCUCAACGGCGACUCUAUCACAUGGAUCCGUAUCCCACUCUCCGUGUGCUACAGCUCAGUCCAAGUCAUGAUGAACGCUCGCUCUUUCCGCUGCCCCAUCGAUUUAAUUUCAAGGGCUACAAGCUGCGUGUGCCCGUCCAGCUGGAUGUGCCGGCCACGUUUUGGUAUCGUCAGCAGGGCAAGCUGCAAUUGGAUGGCUCUGGCGGCACCUUGAUGAGGGAACUGAUGCGACAUCUGAACGUGUGUUUAGAAUUGUAUCCGCUGUACAUCAACGACUCCAACAAUAUGAAUAUGCCCGCUCUGGUGCAGCUCAUUGUCGAGGAUCGUGUGGAGCUCAGUCCACAUCAGUUUACGACAUUAAAGCAAUCCACGAAGGUGGAUUACUCCUAUCCCUAUCGAGUGGUGCAACGAUGUUUCAUGCUGCCAUUGGGUGAUCCGAUUCCACGUAGCUUAUAUAUCUUUCUGCCGUUCAAGCUGCAAUUGUGGCUCUGUCUGUUGCUCCAGGUGUCACUUGUGACACUUGUGCAUCGUCUGACGAGAUUUGUUAGACCUUGUGAGCCGGUUUUGCGCCUCUGGUCACUCCUGGGCGUACCAGGAAAUCGCGCUGCACAGGUUCCCGAAGCCAAAUGCUGGCUGAGGUUUCCCUGUGUGAUGCUGCUCUGCUGCAUCUUCGUCUUCAGCGCCUCUGUCAUCGUGCAGUUCUAUGCCACCAGGUUGACUGCUCUCCUGGCUGUGAUUCUGACUAGCAAGCCUUCGAUUACGCUGCUGGAGCUCUUCCAGCUACCGUUUCCUAUAGAGGUGCUGCCCAGCGAUGUGGACGCCAUUGUGGAUUCGUUCGGUCACGAGGAGCAGUUUCUGCGGCAAUUUAGAUAUGUGGACGACAGCGCUUUCUAUGGUCAUCGUGCGGAGAUGAGUACUGGGUAUAUCUAUCCGAUCAGCACCACACGUUGGAAAUUUCUGAGCCAACAGCAGCGUUAUCUAAGGCACAAGCGAUUCUGGCUAUCCCAGCUAUGCUAUGGCACAUUUCCCAUUCAGUUCCAGUUGCGCAUUGAAUCGCAUUUCAAGAAUCCUCUGCAUCAAUUUGAGCUGCACGCGAAUGAGGCGGGAUUAAUUGAUUAUUGGAGGAGCGACACUUAUCGUCGUGCUUUGCAAUUCGGAUUUAUCCAUGAUUUUGCCAGCCUCGAGUAUUUUGAGCGGAUACAUGAAGUGCGUCCCAUGAAUCUAAAUCUCUUGGCGUCUGUUUUUUAUCUGUAUCUUUUUGGUCUGCUCGUGAGUCUGGGCGCAUUUCUGGGCGAGAUUGUGCCACAGAUUGUCCUGUAAACGUAGCUACUACUAACCGCACUUUUGUUUUAAGGCAUUCAGUAAUUUUUGGAUUUAAUAAUAUACAUAUUCAACUAAUUAACUUAUGUACUUAUUAUUUUUGGAUCUCAUUUUUAACCCAUUAUUUUAUUAUCGACGAUAAUCGACUUGAAUUGAAUUGAAAAACCAAAUUUUGAAAUUAUAUUAACUAAAUAUAUAUAUAUAUAUGUAUACUAUAUGUAUUUAAUGGCCAAUUCACAAAUCCCGCUACUCCACCAACACAUCAAAACGCUGCGGCAUCAACAACAACAACAAAAACAACAAAUAAAUCGACAACAAAACUCCCAAUUGGAUUCUCAACUCGAUAACCACAAAUUCAAAAUUCACCAUAAAAAUCGAAUUUAUUGACAUCGAAACGUAUCAUCGGCAUAACGGUAUAACGUUUAGAAAGUGGGAUUGCAACGGGAAAACAUAUGAAACCGAUUAUCGAAAGUGACCAUAGUAAUUUUGGAAGCUCACCGCUUGAGGCUACAACAGAGACGGUCGGCAAAGGAAAGAUCAUCAUAGGUUUGGCAAAAAA